AUGGGUUUUCCACGGGUUUGCGCUAGUCAGCUACAGCGCGGGGAUCAGCUACAGGCGAAGGUGGAGCCCAACGUAUUCAGCUACAGCGCUGUGGUUGGCGCGUGCGGGAAGGGCGAGCAGUGGCAGCUGGCUCUGGCGCUGCUGAGCGAGAUGUUGCAGGCGAGGCUGGAGACCGACGUCAUCAGCUACAGCGCGGGGAUCAGUGCGUGCGAGAAAGGAGAGCAGUGGCACCGGGCGCUGGCGCUGCUGAGCGAGAUGCGGGAGGCGAAGCUGGAGCCCAACUCAGCUACAGCGCUGGCAUCACCGCUUGCGAAAAGGGCGAGCAGUGGCAGCGUGCGCUGGCACUGA